AUUAAGAAAUUUUUCCAAGCUCGAUUUGAAUUCCAAAUAGGAGUUAAUUGCAAGAGGGAGGUCUACGCCAGCCUUAGAUGGACUAGUACAGCAAAAGGACCCAAAAAAUUAUCCGAUCAUUUCAAACUGAUUGACUGUGUGCAGUGUCACGGGGAGUCUGUAAAGGAGGAGUUGCCUUUCAACUGCAAUUAAACUUAGAAGAUCGUAUUUAAACUGACAUCAGCUGCACUGGAAUAUAAACAUGGAUAACGGCCAGCGGCGGUGGCUUUGAGGAUUUAAGGCCGAAUCUGCUUUUGUUUGUUUUCCUUUGUGCACACCGGAUGGUUUUGAAGCAGCUUUUUUGUUGUUGUGUGAUUCACUCAAAGUCUUUCUAGCAAGUCAGUCCACUGUUGGUCAUUUUUGGAACACUUCCGGGAGGCUAUUUCCAGUCAUGCCGGUGCAGCUCUACUUGAAUGGGGGAACACCGAAAUUUCAAAAAAGCAGCUUUUAAGACGUGACGUGCCCUUGUCUGAUCAGUUUGGGGAGGAAGUUGCCAGGAUGGCUCCUGGGUCACUAGCCACAAUGGCCCCUACUGGACCCAACAUCUCCUGGUUUCCAGAGGCUCCUCUGCUCACUCUAGAGCAGCCCAUCUUCCUCAUGACGACCACAGCCCAGGCAGUGUCAGGCUUCUUUGUGUGGACUGCACUUUUGCUCACCUGCCACCAGAUUUACAUGCAUCUGCGUUACUACAGCUCUCCCAAGGAGCAGAGGCACAUAGUGCGCAUCCUUUUCAUCGUACCAAUCUACGCCUUUGACUCCUGGCUCAGCCUUCUCUUCUUUACCAACGACCAGUACUAUGUUUACUUUGACACAGUCAGGGAUUGUUAUGAGGCAUUUGUGAUCUAUAACUUCUUGAGCCUCUGCUAUGAAUACCUUGGAGGUGAGAGUGCUAUCAUGGCUGAGAUCAGAGGAAAACCAAUUGAGUCCAGCUGUAUAUAUGGAACAUGCUGUCUUUGGGGCAAGACCUACUCUAUCGGCUUCCUUAGAUUUUGCAAACAGGCCACUUUACAAUUCUGUGUUGUAAAACCUCUGAUGGCACUGAUCACAGUCAUCCUACAGGCCUUUGGGAAAUAUCGUGAUGGGGAUUUCAAUGUAGCUAGUGGUUACCUUUAUGCAACCAUCAUCUAUAACAUCUCCGUCAGCCUGUCCCUCUACGCCCUCUUCCUGUUCUACUUCGCGACCCGAGACCUUCUCAGCCCCUACAGGCCCAUGCUCAAGUUCUUAAUGGUCAAAUCUGUCAUCUUCCUCUCCUUCUGGCAAGGCAUGCUGCUGGCCAUUCUGGAGAAGUGUGGUGCAAUCCCUCAGAUCAGCUCUCCUGAGGUUUCUGUUGGUGAGGGAACUGUUGCAGCCGGCUACCAGAACUUCAUAAUUUGCAUCGAGAUGUUCUUUGCCGCCUUGGCUCUGCGACAUGCGUUUACGUACAAAGUCUACAUGGACAAGAGACUGGAUUCCCUUGGCCCUGUUCCUACAUAUGGACAGUACGGCCGCUGUGCCCCCAUGAAGAGCAUCUCCAGCAGCUUGAAGGAGACGAUGAACCCUGGAGACAUGGUUCAGGAUGCCAUCCACAACUUCUCCCCAGCAUACCAACAGUACACCCAGCAGUCUACCCUGGAGCAAGGAGUCACCGCACCACAGAUCUCCCGCAAUCACAGCUCCGUGAGCUGUCGGGACAAUGAGAAGACACUACUGCUUAGCUCUGAUGAUGAGUUUUAAUAAUAAUAAUACGUUCAUCUAUUCUUUACAUUUUUGGACAAAACAUCCUAUGUGGUCUGACAUUUUCAGCAUUGGAAUUAUUAUUAUUUUUUUUAAAUGCUUUUAAUUUUACAUAGUGGGUGCUUGAACACCCCAGCAUAUUUAUAAAGAGCAGUGUAUUUGAGGCCUCCUGUUUUCCAGGAAUUUGGCCUAGUUACUUUCCUCUGUUUCUAAUUUACAAAUUCAAGUGCACUUUGCUUUUACGCUUCAACAGUGUUUAUAGCUUCCCUGGGGAUUUAAAGGGUGAGUGUUGUUGUGAAUAAGAGAGUGUAGUGUCUGUAGAGGGUGUGCCAGCUGUUUGUAACACUCUGCUGUUGUUUGGCUGAUGAAUCAAGGGACUGUGCAGGAGUGGAGGAUAGUCGAGGCGAAGUUUAUGGUCAAUGAUAAGAUUACAGAUUAAGAGAAAUCUGCUCUAGGAUUGGAUAGUAGUCAGCAGUGUUCGGCUGUCUGGAUUAUAAGGUUGUAAUUGGAGCAUUACUUGCCUGGUGCAGAUUAGCACAGGCUUUCAUUAAAGGGUGACCACUAUAGACCACUGCAUUAAGUCCAAAUGAAAUCACAGAGAAAUCACUUUUCCCAGAGAACAUCUCUAUAAAAGAAUGGCAUUGUAGCAUAAUCAGAUACCAUUGGGUUUAUCUGUUUUUCCAAUUGAGAAUAAAAAAAGUAUUAUUUGCAAUGUAUAAAGCUCCUCAAAAUGGGCUCCAUUUUUAGAUGUCCCACUAGAGGGAGGCAUGUCUCAAAGUUCACUUAGACAUACAUUAAUUCAAACCUUAUCUUUAUGGGUCAUGCCGGUUAUCAUUGACCCACACCGAAAGUCACAGAGACUCUCCCUUUCUUUAGAAGCAUCCGCUGUUGCUCUGUAAUUUCAGAUAGCACUAAGCCCUCAGUAACAAAGCUUUAUGCUUGUUGUUGGUUAGAUAGCAUUUCUGGAGUUACAUAUUUAACUGCCUUCAAAUCCUUUUAUUGGUACAAAAGAGGCCAGUAUAAAAACAAAGCAGCUGAAACAAAGUACAAGUAUGUAUGGUACCUGCUUAUAGAGUGUUAGUAAUCGUAGUGUGUUCUUUAUAAGAAGAGGAUUUAUUUUAAUAUAGCCUUUAUUGUAACUUGCACUAAGCAGUUUUGUUUAUGUAGGGGAUACCUAAAUAUCCUAGCAUAUUUUGGCAAACUAUCUCUGUAAUGUGACAUUUAUUCAGAGAGUUAUGGCUCAAGUGAAUUAAAGUAACUUAGGAAGUGCUGUUACAUUGAAUUAAAUAUUUUUUGGAAACAUAUUUUGAAGGAACAUUAAGAUGUUUAAACAUUCAUACUGUCAUGUUAUUGUAAAACAGAGCAUUAUAUAUUACUAUGUCCAAGAUUGUGCUUCUAUUUUUUUCCUUUGAUGCUCUGACAAAUACCGAUUUAAUAAUAAAGAAUUUU